AUGCCUGCAAGGUUGCUGCAGGACAGACAAGAGUGGUCCCGGCAAGAGCAGCAGCUGCAGGGCACCUGGGAGAGGGCGUGGCCAGGAUGCCAGAGGGCCCCCUUGCUGGAGGAGUCAGAACCAGGCACUGAGGCGCCGUGCCCUGGGUCCUGCCACACGCAGCGCGUGCUGCAGACGCUCAACGCCUACCGUUGGAGUGGCACCCUCAGGGACAUAAUGUUGCGCGCUGGUGGCCGCGACUAUCCAUGGCAUCAAGCCGCCCUUGGAGCCUGCAGCGCCUAUUUCCGCAGCCUGGCGGCUAGAGGUGGUCCGGCCGUGGUGCCCAUGGUGCCCCAGAUGCCGGCGCUGGGCAUGGUGCUCAAUUACUCGUACGGCGCGGGCGUGCGGCUGCAUGCCGAGGACCAGGAGGCCGCUGUGCUGGAACUGGCCCAACCGCUGGGCGUGGGGGGCCUGCGCGAGGCCUGCGCCUUCCUCAAGGACGGCCUGCGAGCCGCCGACAGCCUGGCGCAGCGCCGCGUGGCCGCGGCCUUCUCACUCCCCUCUCUGGCCGAGCGCCGCAGCCUCUUGCUGCGCUAGGCCCUCACCGAAGUGGUGCGCCACGUGGACUUCCCGGAGCUGGGAAGUGAGGCCACUCCCAGUGAGGUGGCUGCGCUGCUGGCCCAUCCGGCGCUGAGCGUGGCACGCGAAGAGGCCACGUUCCAGGCGGCCUUGCGGUGGGUGCGUCACGACGCACUGGGCAGACGCGGGCAGCUGCGGCGCCUGCCAGAGCACGUGCGCCUGCCCCUGCUGGCGCACUACUUCCUGCAGAAGGUGGAGGCUAACGAGCUGCUGCAGGCUUGCAAUGAGUGCCGCCUGCUGCUGCUGCUCGAGGCCGGCACCUGCUUCAACCUGGGUUGAGAGGCCAGUGCGCUGUGUACGCGGCCACGAAGAUUCAUGGUCCUAGCUGAAGUGAUCGUGGUCAUUGGCGAUUGUGACCGAAAGGGGCUCCUGAAGUUGCCCUUCACUGAUGCCUACCACCCAGGGAGCCAGCGCUGGACCCCACUGCCCAGCCUGCCUGGCUACGUGCGUUCAGUGUUCACCGCCUGUACUCUCCGCAAUGACAUUUGCCUCAGUGCAGGAGGCCACAUCAGCAGCCAUGAUGAGUGGAUGUUCAGCUCCCAUCUGCACACCUGGGUCAAGGCGGCCUUCCUGCAGGGCAGGUGGGGGCACAGGAUGGCGGCCUUGCAGGGGCAGCUGUUCUCAAUGGGCGGCUUCGAUGGCCGGCAGCGCCUGCACAGCGUGAAGUGCUAUGACCCCUUCACCACCACCCAGGCGGCCGCAGCUCCACUCCCAGAGGCCGUGAGCUGGGCAGUGGUGGCCUCCGCCGCCCGGCUCUCCGUGAUCGGGGGUGCUGGCCGGGACUGUGUCAGCAGAGACAAGUUGCAGUGCUUUGACCCCCAGGAGGACCGGUGGAGCCUGCGGUCACCAGCGUCCUCACAGCGGUGUCUGGAGGCCAUCCCCCUUGAGGACACCAUCUACGUGGUGGGGGGCCUUCUGGGCACCAUGUUUGCCUAUGGCCCUGGUACAGACAUCUGGGGGGAGGGGGUCUUCAUCUUUGACCCCAGCAGUGGGCAGGUGGAGCCCAGCCUGCUGCGCUGCACCAGCUCGCACCGCUGCGUCACUAUCAUCUGGAACCUGAGCGGGUGAC